AUGGACAUUGUACAUAAGAAUGAAGCCUUCGAAAGGAUUGACGGCAAAAUGAAGUUUGCCUACGUCCAGGUCUUUGUCAAAGUCCAAACCAACGACAAGAGGCCCAUCAGUGAAUUUCGUUUGGUCCGCUGUCUUUGUGAAAGACCAAGUAUCCUUUUUUAUGUCGGUGGAACUUUUGAAAAGCAAAUCGCUUGCGAAGUUGAAACAUGCGAGAUCCUUGGCAAGAAUCCCCAUCCGAAUAUUGCGAUCAAUUAUGGCUACAAGGAGAACCAGAAGGUGGGAUUUUUGGAUGCCAUCAAGCAUCUCCACGCGCAUGGGCUUGUUCAUGAUGAUAUCAGCCCGGCUAACAUUGCGAUCAAUGCGGACGGCACGCUUGUUCUUAUUGAUUUCGAUGGCUGUCGCUAUAUCGGAGAGUCCUUGCGCGACACUCAAACGAAAAGAACUCAUCAUUGGCACGACCUUUCUGUUGGAAUCUCGCUUGAGAAACCCGGUGUUGACGCUUUCAGACGUUACGAACAUGGCUGGCUGGAUCGUCGGACGAGGACUUCUGUUUGAAUGACGCUUGCUUGUUGGUAAAGCAAGGAAGAGCGACGCACAUGAGCUCUUUCUCUGAUAAGUUAUGGACAAUCGCCUACAGACCUUUCUGAAAGUCAUUGUGAGCGCGACGAGGUGGCAAUGCGACGGAGCGGGUCGAGAUUAUAGCAGAGGGGAGUGGGUCUCAUGCCACAGAGCUUGUAGAUUGGCGCUUUGGGGGUUGCGUACGUCGCGAGGGAUUUCGCUCUUGUUGUGUUCGUCUGAUGAAGCUCAACCCUCGGGGUCUUUGUUCUUGUGCAGUUGCUGGUGGGGAUCGCUGGGGAAGAGGUUAGUUUUUCGGGUGAGGAUGAGAGACAUUGGAUGUAACAGGUUUUGAGUCGAAAAGUUGAGCAGAUGGAGUUGGCUUGGGAAUUACGUCUGGUCACUACUCGUUGAACUCAAGCUUGUCGUUCUAUUGUAGUAUACGAAGUAGAGUUGUUGUGUCGGAA